AUGAAGACCUCCGCUGUCAUUCUUGCCCUCGUCGCAACGGCGGCCUCUUCAGCCAUCCCUAGCGAGCCUCGCGAUGUUGAAGUCAAAUACGCACCUCUACCUUUCCCCAUUGGUGAGGCCGGAUGGGUUGGAGUCUUGGAAGAGGGCGGCCCUGUGGUUGAGGUCUGGGGAUCCGACCUACUCGAUAUCGAAGCAAAGGUCCAGGAAGAGCAUGGAACGUCCAUCUUCAACGGUACCGUCGAUGUGGAUGGCACUCCCGCCACCCCUGAGGUUGCCGCGGCCUUCUACAACGAAGCCCAGAAUGCCAAGCGAUCCCUCGAGAAGAGAGCCCCCAAUUGUUUCGAGAAGUGGGGCAAGGUAGAUGGCUUUCAGGUCAACACUGGCGUGAACAAUCUCCGCGCCGUCAACGGAGGUUGCAAGGUCAGAGCCCGCCAGUGCAUUCGUACUCAGUGUGUCGGUGAAGCGGCCAUCGCUCUUUGUAAUGACAACUACUACGACCUCGAGGUCUCAUGCGGUCACGUCGCCGACCUUGCGCAGGCUAUCGCUCACGACUGCAUCUGGGUGGACAUCUGCAGCGACCCGAAGCAGCCAGCCCAUAUCUGCAAGACUUGGUCUGCUGGCCAAAGCUUUGACGGCAGCCACAAUGUCAUUGUCGGCAACUGUGGUGCUGUCAGCUCUAGCGGUCAGCCUGUGAAGGCUUAG